AGCCAGAACCUGAUCCCACGUUGUACAGGGCAUUAGGAGGUUUAAAUGCAGGCUACAAAAGAAGAUAUUGAAGCGUUGGAGGCAAGAUUUUCUCAAGUUAUCUCAUUCUCCGCUGGUGAGCUCCAACGCACUUCAUCUCAGUGGAAAUCAGCUAUCAUCGGGAAAUUUCUUGAUAAAAGGUUCCCACUAGAGUUUAUCCAAAAGGAGAUGAAAUUCCGAUGGAACAUUGAAGGGGAUCUCCAGGUUAUGUCAUUAUCAGAAGAUCUUUUGCUGUUCUCCCUGCCUCCUGUUGAGAUCCAAGAUAGGGUUCUGGCCAAAGGACCUUGGUCCUUAGCUAGCCAGCUUCUAGCGAUGGAAGCUUGGAGACCAUCCUUCCAACCAAGCCGAGACCAAUUAAGUCAUAGGGUUCCAAUUCCAAGAAGUUUGGAGGGUGGUCUCAACAGGUUCUAUGAGCUCUGCUUCAACUCCAGUGGAUUCAACAUCUAUCUCAUCCCACAACAAGGGGUCAGCUGUAGCAUCUUCUUCUAUCCCCUCACAGCAAAGAUAAGAGUCUUAAUCGGGCGGGAGGCUUGGAGCGGCGGAAUAUGAAGGUUCGGUGGAAGGCUUGGAGCGGCAAAUUCCGAAUAAGAAGGAGUCUCGAUCGGAUGCCGGAUGGGACGGUUGAAGCGGCCGAAUCGAAGGGCUCGGGCCCCCCGAUCCUUUUCCUCUGUUUCUUCUGUUUCUUCUAUUCUCAGGAGUCUCCAUCGGUUGGGAGGAGGCUUGCAGCCGCCGAAUCGAAUGGCUAAGGUUCCCCCAUGGCCAUUUUCCUCUGUUUCUUCCAUCCUCAGGAGUCUCCAUCGGGUUCG